AUGGGUCUCUUCAAGAGGGGGUCGUCCGCCCCAGCCAACACAGACAACAUCUCGCCCAACUCCUCCUCGCCCGAGCGACAACUAGACAAAGUCGACGCCAUCCACCAAGAAACCACCGAACAUGAAUCCAAAUGGCAAAUCUCCAAAGCCGGCACCGGCGACGCCGCCAUGGCCCUCUUCACCUCCCCAACCGAACUCCACGAACCCAUCGACCCGCUCGAAGAAAAGAAACUCGUCCGCAAAAUCGACCUCAUGAUCCUCCCCUACCUCGCCGUCUGCUACGCCUUCUUCUACAUCGACAAAACCACCCUCUCCUACGCCGCCAUCUUCGGCCUGCGCGAAGACCUCAACCUCAAGGGAACAGAGUACUCCUGGCUCUCCUCCAUCUUCUACUUCGGUUUCCUCGCCUGGGCCCUGCCCACCAACCUCCUUCUGCAGCGCCUCCCCGUCGGCAAGUAUCUCGGCUCUCAGAUCUUCCUGUGGGGGUUCUUUCUCAUGCUGCAGGCCGUCGCCAAAAACUUCGCGACCCUGGCGGCGUUGCGCGCCCUCGCGGGCGCCGCAGAGGCGUGCUCCGACCCGGCAUUCAUGCUCGUCACCGCGAUGUGGUAUACCCGGCGUCAGCAGCCCAUCCGCAUGGGCCUGUGGUACACAGCCAACGGUCUCGGGAUCGCGCUGGGCGGGUUGUUAGGUUUCGGAAUUGGCAAUAUCAAAGGCAGCCUGCCGUCCUGGAAAUACGAAUUCCUCAUCAUCGGCGCGCUGUGCUGUAUCUGGGGUAUCGUCAUGUUCAUUUUCUUGCCGGAUAGCCCGGUCACGGCGAAGGGGUUGAGUACGCGGGAGAAGAGGAUUGCGGUGGAGAGGCUGCGGGGCGAUCAGACGGGUGUGGAGAAUAAGCGGUUCAAGGCGUAUCAGGUGUGGGAGGCUGUGGGGGAUUAUAAGUUGUAUGUGUUUUUCUUGUUGGGGGUGGUGUGUAAUGUGCCGAAUGGGGGGAUCAGUAAUUUUGGCACCCUCAUCAUCCAAGGCUUCGGCUUCAGCACCCUCGUCACAACCCUCAUGCAAGUCCCCUACGGCGUCAUCAUUGCCCUCUCGAUCCUCCUCUGCGUUUAUCUCAACGACCACGUCUCCCGGAAAGGCGCCCAGACUCGCUGUUACUUCGUCCUCGCCUUCCUAUGUCCAAAUAUCGCCGGCGCCUUCGGCCUCCGCUUCCUCGCCCCGGAUAAUCAGGCUGGUCGUUUGGUCUGCUACUAUCUAACAGGCCCUUACAACGCCGCCUUCUGCCUCAUCCUCUCCCUCACCACCGCCAACACCGCGGGCCACACGAAAAAAGUCAUCACCAACGCCGUGCUCUUCCUGGGCUACUGCACCGGCAACAUCAUCGGGCCCUUCUUCUACAAAACCUCGCAAGCGCCUGGCUACGAGCUCGGCAUCUGGAGCAUGAUCGUCUCGCACCUGAUUGAGUUUGUGCUGGUUUUGACGUUGAGGUUUUUGCUCAAGUGGGAGAAUGCGAGGAGGGAUCGGGUGCAGAGUUUGCAGGAGGGGGGUUUGGAGGGGAGAGAUUUGGAUAGUACGGCGUUUGGGGAUUUGACGGAUCGGGAGAAUGGGAAUUUUAGGUACAUUUAUUGA